UUGUUGUUCAAAUUUGAGUUGCGGAUUUGAAGAAGAGUUUAAAAUUAAUUGAGGGCCCGGGUUGGCUUUAGUAUAAGCGUUGUCCCGGACACGCACAUUUGUUCACAGAGGUCGGUAAGCAGCAUAAACUCGUGGCGUUUUGCGGUGAAUUGCCUGAAUUCUUGUCAAAUUGGGUAUAAAGUUGAAGGGAAUUUCGUGCAUUUAGCUUUAAAGCUUCGAUUCGUGCUGUCUCGCGAACGAUUCGAAGGAAUUUAGAGGGAUUUGCAGUUAUCUUGGUCCGUUGGUUCUGCUGUUUGGAAAUUCUCGCGGAAUUGAGAGAUUUGGCAGUUCGUAGACGGAAAUUUCGCGGCCUCGGAUCGGUUACGCUUCAAGUUUGGGGAAAUAUUGGGUUUUCCUACGAAAGAUUUGUUGUGUUUGGACAUAUUUUAGAGAGUUUCUUUGCAGGAAGGUGAUAUUGAUAAGGCUCUUUGAAUUGUUGUGUCUUGAGGUUUUCUGUCCAAGAUUGUGGACGCAUUAUCUGCAGGCAAAAGCGUUCAGAAGAUAUGAGCCGUUUGGCCACGGAGAUAAGGGAAACACAGCAAUCUGACGAUACGAAUGAUCAAUCACAUGUAAAUGCCACCAAUAGAAAUUCACGACCAGACAGAUCAAAUAAAGGGCGUCGAAGAAGGGCGGCAGCAGAGCAAAGAAGAAUUGACCAACAAAGGUGGGGCCAGUAUUUAACCGACGAAGAGGAGGAACAGGUUCCAAUAGCACCAAGAUCGAACACUAGGAGAAGGGCCAGGAAAAAUAAACGAAACAAUUCUAUACGUUUUUUGGAUGAAGAAGAAUAUUACGAGGACGAACUUUCUUUUCAUGCAACUGGGGCUAGAGAUGAAUUUUGUGAGGAUUUUGAUCUUGAAAUGGCAUUGUCUCUUUCGUUAUCAUUGGGGGAUUCUGCUCCUAACUCGGGAAACCAUGAUCACAGCAAUCGGACUGUUGUUAACAUGUCGUAUGAGUCUCUUGUUCAGCUGGAGGAUGUCAAAUGUGUGGCUCCUGAGAAUGUCGUAAACUCCUUGUUAAAUACCAUGUUUGAUGGAAACAAGUCCGACCAUGAAUUGACAGAGGAAGAAGAGAAGUGUGCAAUCUGCCAGUGUGAAUAUGAAUGUGGUGACCGUAUUAUGACCUUGCCCUGUGCUCAUGCCUUACAUCAUGCAUGUGGAUCACAGUGGCUACUCAAUUACUCAAAGCUUUGCCCUAUUUGCAAGCUUGAUGUUACUGAUAAAAAAGUUGUGGAUAUGUAAAUAAAGGGUUCUUCGGCUCCAGCAACAGAACUACUGAAGAAUGGAAACACCGUACAGUUCACCUGUAAAUAAUUCUGUCCUUAAUUUGUAAAUAGUGUUGCUGUGGAGUUAGGUUAUGUUCCUACAGAUACUUAUCUCAAACUUGAUGUGAAUAAGCUCUUUUAAUUCAUUAAAAAACAAAUUAAACUUGUAA